GAAGUCGUUCUUGAUGGAGUUGAAGAAAUCCCCGCUGGAAGGGACGCCCUCGCCGGAAAUCUCGAGCCGGUUGAAGUCGUCGGCGUCCGCCGCCGCCGCCGCCACUGCCCUGCCCUAAAUCUUCGAGCUCCGCUAAGCAAACCCAUCGGCGGUGGUCCCAUCGUUCUUCGAAGCCUUUGGUCUCCCGCGGACCGUCGAAUUUGGGGCGAGGGAGGAUCUCCCGCCGCCGGGGGGCAUGACGGGACCGUCGCUUGCCGACGGGAGGUCGCCGGCCGGGAAGAAGAGGAGGAGCGGCGGCGGCGGCGGCGGCGAGAGGACCGCUUCCAUAAACUCUCUCGACCACGACAUUCUCUGCAUGGUCUUCUCCUUGCUCGGCCCCUUCGACCUUGCUCACUGUUCUUCCGUCUGCAAAUUCUGGAACGAUAUUGUCAGCAAAUCCAAGUUGUUGCAGGACUUGUAUUACAGGCGACGUGGCAGUUAUGCACAUUCUUCCGAUAUGCCCGCACUCUCACAGAAACCACUGAGAUAUUAUAUGCGGGAAUGGGCAAUACAACGUCACCAAUCUUCUUUGAGAGAAGGGGAUGUUCAAGUUGAUCAAUGGAAAGGGCAUUCAAUCGGGGUCAAUCAGUGCCGAAUGAAGAUGGGUUUGAUCCUCACUGGUGUAGGCGACAAGGUUAUGCAUCUCUGGUCAGCUGAAAGCUUCAAAUGCCUUGGAGAGUAUGCUAUUCCACAUGCAGUUUCUUUAAUUGAUUAUGAAUUUGAUGAAAGCAAGAUCGUUGGCUUGAUUGGCACUCGCAUAGGCAUAUGGAGGCGUGGGGGCCAGAGAAGCAUAUUUCCCUCCCGUGAAGGAACCUUUCCUAAGGGUUUGUGUCUGCGUUACCUUGAUCCCGAGGCAGUUGUUGGAUGUGAGGAUGGUACUGUUCGUGUGUUUGACAUGUACAGUCGGAAAUGUUCUCGAAUCAUUAGGAUGCAUUCUGCCCCAGUGACCUGCUUAUCUUUGAGCAGUGAGCAGUUGAUUUUUAGUGGUUCCUCACUUGGCAGCAUCACAAUAUCAGGCCUUUCGUCUGAUGAGCGAGUAGCAACAUUGAGGCCACAUGAUCGCAUAGGCAUAAAGACAUUGUGUUUCAACCCUGGUUCAAAUUUAGUGUUUGCUGGAUGUGCUUCUGGAUAUGCAUCUUGUUGGGAUCUCAGGAAAAUGGGGGUUCUGUGGGAAAGACGAGUGAGCCCGAAUGUGCUGUACUCGCUUGGACACAUGCAGUAUGAUACGUCAACGCUGGUUGUUGGUGGAAUAGACGGGGUGCUGCGUGUUUUGGAUCAAAGCACGGGCGAACUAGUCUCAAGUUACAUCAUGGACCAACCAGUAUCAUCAGCUUCUUCAGGAGGGGUAGAGAAAAGAAAGGGAAGAAGGCUCUCAGAAGAUGCUCAAAUCGACAGCAUUCCUAGAGCUGCUCGGCCUCAGAUUACGUGUUUGGCCGUGGGAAUGAAGAAAGUUGUCACCGCUCACAAUGAAAAGCAAAUAAGAUUGUGGAAAUUUCACUAGAAGCUGCUCCUUUGGAGGUCGUUAUAGGUUCUCUGGUUUUUUCUUUUUUCCAGUUGUGGAGAAAAGCAGAAAAAAAGAAUGAAGAGAUAAGGCAAUUUGUAUUGACAUGAUCGUAGUUGUUCAAACAAAUUGAAAGAAAAUUUCUGAUGAGAUCACUUAAUUAGAAAUUUGAUGUAUCUGGGCCUCCUGUAAUUAGAGAAAAGAGUAUGUUUUCUCGAAAUUAUUCAGUCCAAGUGGCCAAUAGAAAAUUUCUGCAUGACAAAACCUAUUUAUAAA